AUCUCCACUCACACAAACUUGUUGGGUCACACCCUAGAGGGUCGGUGGGAAUGUUGAUAUUGACAGAACUUCAAUAUUUGGUUUUGUGCAUCUCAUCACUGAUGUAACAACUCUGUGCUGCAUUUUGGCACAGGAAACAAUCAGUGACAGGCAUGCAGAGACAACACACCUUUUGUUUUUUCUUGAUUUCACUGUUGGAGUGCUUUUUGACUCAAAGCCAACCAUGUGAAAAGGAGACAGUCUUUUGUCGUUUCCAAAGACAAAUUGUCUUUACUGGGACUACAGAAAUCCCUCGUAGUCUGAGACCAGGCGUUACUGAAGUCUUCUUUUUGGACAGCCACAUAGAAACAAUUCCCAAAGCAGCCUUUGUUGAAAUCCCCCAUCUGGAAAAAGUGGAGUUCCUGAACACAAACACCUCUGUUAUUGAGCCAGGAGCUUUUGAAGGUCUGGUCAACAUAAAGUACGUUGAGAUCUCCAACACCCCGCUGACAUCUGUGCCUGUAGGCGUCUUUACGGGCCUCAUUAAUCUGGAGAAAAUUAUUUUAAAAUUGAACAAGAUCCGUCAUCUGGAACAAGGCUUGUUUGACGGUCUCAAAAAGGUAAUCGAGCUCGAGUUACAUGGGAAUGAGAUUGCAUCCAUUGAAGAUGGGACUUUUGAUGGCCUUGAAAACCUCACAAAACUCCAUCUGGCUAAAAACCGUCUCACUGCUGUGACAACCACCUGUUUCUCAAAAUUAAAUAAACUGGCUGUGCUUCGGCUUUAUGAAAACCAACUGACUUCUAUACCAGAGGACAUUUUGUCUAAUUUACCAAAUUUAAAAGAGUUUUCUUUGCGAAGCAACAAAUUAACAGAGCUAUCUGCUAAUCAGUUUCCUCAUAAAGACAAACUCACAAAAAUUUUCUUGGAUGACAAUCUCUUGACAAAUUUACCAGCAGAAUUCUUUGUUGGCUUCCAAAAUCUCAAAACUGUGACCUUGCACAAGAACAAACUAUCAAGACUUCCGCCUCUACUUUUUGGUCAACAUACAGAUAUGACCGAUUUAAGUUUCAGUGAAAACCAACUGAGCGAACUUCCAAAAGCGAUAUUCAGUCCUUUGAGUAGACUGACCAAGCUAGAUCUAUCCAAGAACCACUUUGCAACUAUGUCAUCUGACUACUUUGAAGGAUUGCACAGGCUCACCGUUUUGAAUCUCCGAAAUAACAAGAUAGACUCCUUGGGUCCAGAUGUGUUUGAAAAGCUUCACUCGCUGAAAACCCUGGACCUGUCCAGCAACAAUCUCCAAACGCUCCCUGAGAAUAUUUUUGAACCAGUGACACAGCUCUCUAAAGUUUAUCUUAAUGAUAACCCCUGGAAUUGUGACUGUAACCUUUUACAUCUUCAUCACUGGAUAAAGGCAAAUUCUAGGAUUGUUCGUAAGCCAGUUGUCUGUUCCUAUCCAGAAGAUCUUAAAGAACAGGAGAUCAAAUCAUUGGCAGAGGAGCGAUUUAUCUGCCCUACUGUAGGGUUCACAACCACCAAAUUGCCUACAACGCCUCUCACAACCCUAGAACCAACCACCCCCCUCUCAACAACUAUUCCAAAAACUACUUGGUCAACCACUCCAACAUCUACUACACCUUCAGCUACAAGAGCUUCUACCACAAUUGCAGCUGAAGAAAGAACAAAUGACAUGAAAGCAACAACACAGUAAACGAUGACAACGACCAUGCCCACUAGCCCAGUUGUCACAACAAGAACAAGUCACAACUAAACAAUCAACAUUAGCCACAAAAGCACAGACCACCCACCUGACAACACAAGCGAACGGCCAUUUCUGAACCAACAAUCUCGGUCAUUUUAACUUGUCCUAUGCAACCACCUCGAGAAACCUGCUUUGUUAUCAUACAAGGACACAAAUCCAGCUAAGCAGAGCAAAUGCCAGGUACUCAUGUACAUCGGUCUGCUGCUGGUGGAGGUCUCCUUUACUUUUGUGCCAGUUUAAUUCACCGUGUCUGUACCGCCUGCUGCAGUGCAGCAAGAGGAUGCAGCACGAGGUCCAACUCACCCAAUUCUCCUUCAGCAAAGUAGUCCUCUUCAGGCCUGUGUAGGAGACAGAAACCUCAAGGCUUGAUAAAACAUCACCAUUUCAGUAGAGACUUUACCUCAUUUAAAAUCCAAUUUUAGAAAAGCACAAGAGUGUAAUCUUGCAGCGACGGCCGUGGAAAAAAAAGCGAGACAUAAUUCGGAGGCCAACUGGCCGGCUUGCUGUAGAUCUUUUUUUUUUCACAUGCGGUCACGCUUUUGACCAAAAGUCACUCGCGAUUGCAAUGCGCACAACUGUACUUAAUAAGUAAGUAAUUUCAUAUGCUAUUAACAAUUCUAACAGAUGAUUAAGUCAUCUGAGAAAAUAUAUUUUUAUUUGGUUAAAAAGUAAUUGUGAAUACACUGGAGAAAAUAAGACAUUUCACUCAUUUAGGUUAUAAAGUAUUUAUCUUAAAUUCAGAUUAUGCAUGAAGCAGGAAACUGUAUUUCUUGUCCUCAAAUAUUUUAGUAAGGCAGUUUGAAACAAAUAUACAAAUAAAUAAAACACAUAUAAAUAGUUGUUUAAACUUGCCAAUUCUUUUAUCAAAAACAUACGUCAUCAUGAUAUAAAAAAGAGGAACACUAGUUUGUGAUCAUAUUUUUAAGGCACAAUUUUAUUCAACUCUGGAAAUUCAUGGAAAUUUGUAGAAUUAUGGAUCUAUUUGGCUUUGUGGUCAAUGGUUCUCAAAAGAAUGGACUAGCGCCUCAACAGUACACUGUCAAGUAAGCCCUCACCUGGAUCGGAUGGUGAUGCAGUGGGAAGGUUGACAAAGAAUUGUUAAUCAGAUACAUAUUCAGAAAUUAUGAUGUCCAGAAACUGAUAGUUGGCUUGACAGUGUCUUGAUGUCAAUACUUAGCGGUUGUCUAAAAGUGAGCACACUCAUUUAAAAGUCAAGACAUGUACCCGUAAUACACAAAUCUAACCACAAAAUGAAAAAAAAGAAAUAUUACUCAAUUGGAGGUCAUACAAUUUUCCAGUUAGCGCUUGCUUUAAAUGUUUUUUUGCAAAUAUAUAAGCAGUAACAGCUCCGUUUUUCAUAAGACUUGAUUUUCUGUUGAUUUAAAGUAUGAAAACCCACAAAGUCAAUAUGUGAUUGUCAAUGUUUUAGGAAGUUGAGUCAUAUAAUGAUUUGUGUGUGAAAAUAAUAUAAAAAGACUCAUCAAAUAAGUCAUCAAGGAGUAGCAUAGUAUAACAAUAUUAUAAAAAGUUUGUUUGCUAUUAGAAUACAAUAAAAUGUUAACACUGAAAAAUAACACUGAGAAGCAAUGGAAACAGAUAGGGAAGUGGGAACAGAUGUUUAACAAGAUAAUAAUGACUAUCGAUAAUAAGUUAGUCUGUGUUGACAUGAAUGAGGUGAUGGAGAAACUUGGGGAGAAAUUCUGAUCUUAAAAGGCACUGAAAAUAACUCCAAGUUGACUUAAUGCUGUGCAACGCAAUAUUAUUUAAACAAAAACUGGGUUACAGUGGUCUGUGUUGUUCUGCACCCCCCCCCCCCUCCCCCCAUUUGUAUAACACACAGUGUGAAUAGAAACAAAGCAUUGAAUUGGAUAGAAAAAUAAUUAAGAAUGGAGCUAACGACAAUCAGAAGAAUUUACCCUAGCCUUGAACUUGACCCAUUGACCUCUCUGUCCUGGGUCCUUUAGCGAUUCUCUAGUCAAUUUAACAUUUUAGACAUGUUUGAUCUGAUCAAGCUAAUAUAUAUAUAUAUAUAU